AUGCCGGAUAAGAAAGUCAAUCGGGCUGCAAAGAUUCUAAUGGAAAUUAAAAACAACAGAUCAACCAAUCUUGGCGAAAGGUUAGAGGAAUCACGAGCUAUCAAUAGUCCUGAAACGAUUAACCCCUGUAGCGAGGAAAAAAGAGCUUGUUUCCGCAGAGAAGAAGCUCUAAGGUACACACAACCUAACAAGGCUUUCUCAUAUACCGCUGUGGAUGGUAAGAAGGUUGUUGUCGCUCCACUGAAAAAGCGUGGAGGUAAACUAUUCAAAAGGAUUUGUCAUUACGAUAUUCUUAAGAGGAAUAAACCACCUUUUUUCACUCUCCAUUGUUUGGUAAGAGAUGCAGCGGCUAGAUUGCCCGGAGGAGUUGGGACUAGAGACGAUGUUUGUGUUUUGGCCAGGGACUCACAAUUCAUCGUUGAGGACAUCUCCGAUUCACAACUUCGCAAAGCUGUAAAGAGAGGGUUGGACCGUCUGCGAUAUGAAGAAGAUCCAUGGGUAAAAUAUGAGAAGGAAAGGCAUCAGUGGACUUAUCUACAUGGAGAUAGAAAGGUAGAAGAUUUUGAAGAUGAUUCAAUAUGA